AUGUUCUCCGCUCUCCGUCAACAAGCCAGGCUCAGCCUGCGCAUUGCCUCUCGCGCUGCUGUUCCUGCUUCAAGGACGCUGAGCUCGCUGACUCUCCGACAGGCCGUUGUUGCGCCCGCACUGGCCACUCGGGCGUUCUCGUCUGCAAAAGUGUGGGCAUACGAACGCGAAGGCGAGCGCGACAACACACCUUCCCCUCCUUCGGAGUCUCUCUAUGUUGGGAACAUGCCUUGGGAUAUGACCAAGGAGGACCUUCUUGAACUUUUCUCGCAGUUUGGUCAAGUCGUCAACGUCCGCAUCCAGACACAUGCAGACGGUCGUCCUCGUGGAUUUGCCCACAUUACCUUUUCUACCCAAGAGGCGGCUACCGCUGCUAUGAACUCUUCAGCUGCGGAGCCUUUCCAUGUUGCUGGCCGUGACCUCUUCCUCGAUUACGCUCGUCAAAACAGGAGUUUGCCCCCCCUUGCGCCCAACAAGAAGCUCUAUUUCCCUCAGUACUACGAGGAUGAAGAUUCUCUCCGACAGCUCUUUUCAGAGUUCAAGGACCAGAUCACCUCAAUCUACUUCAUCCGUGAUGGAAACACCGGAGAGAAGACUAAUGCAGGGUUCAUUGAGUUCACCAGCACUGAAGUUGCUACAGAAGCGUUGGACAAGCUUAACAAGACCCCCACGGGUGACAAUACCUUCCUCUCCCUUUCAUACUCUCGUCCCCCAAGGCGUGAAGCUAGACGUAUGGGGAGGCAGGACAACCAGACCCCUUACACCAACCGUGGAUACCAGCCGAGGGCUCGUGACUACUGA